UAAUAAACCGGGUCUGACCCGGCUCAUCCGUCAUGUGUCGUUAUUAUGAAUUUUGACUGUUUCUCGAGCGAGAAAAGAAAAGAAAAGAAAAGGAAAAAAAAGGGUUUAUUAGGGUUUUGCCCCAAAGCGAAAAUCCGCCAACGCCGACUGACAGACAGAAUUAUUAUUGCUUUUGCUGAUGGAGCACGGGUCUUUCCAGGACCAAACAGCAUCGACAUUUUCUUUGGCUGAUGAGGAUCAUACACUAGCAAAUUCAGUCAGAUUCACUCUUAAUCAAGAUCCAAGAGUGACUUUCUGCGGCUACAGCAUUCCUCAUCCUGCCGAUGCUCGAGUAAAUAUAAGAGUCCAGACAACUGGUGAUCCAGCGAGUGAGGUAUUGAAAGAUGCUUGCCAGGAUCUGAUGCUCGUGUGCCAGCAUGUCAGGAGCACCUUUGACCAGGCUGUUGCUGAUUUUAAAAAGGCGCUAGCUCUUGCAACCAUGGACACUGACGAUUAAAGAGAUUACUGGACUCAUCAUCUCACUUUCACAUGUUUCUUUUGAGAAUUAAUGUGGUUUUGGAACUGUAGAUAUUUGACUUGAUUUGCCGGUUCCCCUUAUUAUUUAUGGUAGUAAAGCUGUCUUUCCAAAAUCUUAUGAUGAACUUGUCAAAAACGAGUUCACAUGAAAUUUUGAUCAGCAAUCCUUCUCUACAAAAUGUGCAUGCACUCGUGCAUACACAUACAUAUUCCACUUGGCUUGUUCAUUUAAUUUUAUCAACUGUUUGUAGGGUU